CGGCUGGCGAAAGGGAAAGUUCGAGCUGCGUAGACGGACGCCGGGAAAAUUCUCCUUCGCUUUUCCGGCUCUUUUGUGCGAGUUUUCUGCGGGCUGCGUGUGAACGCACUUUUGGUUGUGGUUUCACUGUACACCCUUUACAAUUUCGAACCAUUUCUUUUCUGGCCACUCACUGUUUGCCAGCAUCUUCACCUCAUUUAAAUAUUAAUUGAGCCCCCGUUCGAAUAGCUAUGAGUGGAGAAUGAGGCAAGUGACACGCGCAUUGCCGGGUCAAAGUCAGGCCCUCCUCAUCGGCCUCAUUAUCGUCGUGUGCGCCGCAUUCAUAAUUCACAGUGAGCCCAUCCGCGAAGCGAAAGCUCAGCGGAGACGCGAACCCGGCGAGGUGAAUUCGCCGCUGGCGGUGGCAACUGGCAACGGUGCGUAUGAACGACCUUACACAAGUAAUGGCCCAGAAAAGCGUUUUGCGCAGCGUGAUUGGUUAAAUGAAAAUGCAUUUCCCGCAGUUAAUAAUGGUAAUGGAAGCAAGAAGAAUCACAAACGCAUUCCGCGCAGUGUAUUCCACGUGCGCUGGAAUCCCAACGAGAAGUUCAUCGUGGAGAGUCGCGAGAAUCCGGCCAUCAACUCCUCCAAACUGGCUCCCCAUCCGCGGCUGAAGGUCUCCAAGAACACCAAGCUCACACUUAGUCCCAAGUUGUACCUCUGCCACGACAAGCACUCGGAACUGUGCCACAACAAGACCCAGCAGUUCCGCCAGCGUAUUGUACAGACCUUCGAGAAGGCCAUGAUGGAAUCGGUCAACGAGUCGCAGGCCAAUCACUACAAUGUGGACUACAAGCCGGUCUUCGGGGACAGCUUCGAGGAGCAGUACUACCCGUCCACCUGCCUGGUAAUGGAGGCGGGCGUGCGGGUUCUGCGCCGCAAGGAUGCGCCCUUCAACAAGCUGCCCUUCGGCCGGCUCUUCCCGCGCCAAAAGCUGUUUCGCAACGUCAAGGACAUCAAGACCUGCGCGAUCGUCUCCAGUGCGGGUUCCCUGGCGGGCUCCAAGCUGGGUCGCUUUAUCGACACGCACGACAUUGUGAUGAGAUUCAAUCAUGCGCCAACGCAAGGACACGAGGUGGAUGUGGGCAGCAAAACCACAAUUCGUGUGGUGAAUUCGCAAGUGGUGACCAAGCCCGAGUUCGACUUCACCCAUGCCCCCAUCUUCCGGAAUGUCACGAUUGCCGCCUGGGAUCCGGGCAAGUAUAAUGGAACCCUGGAGGAUUGGCUCACCAGCGCGGACUACGAUCUGUUCACCAACUACGAGAUAUACAGGCGUCGGUAUCCCAAGUCCAGGGCCUUCCUCAUCGAUCCGCAUUCCGUGUGGCGGCUGUGGCAGAGCCUGCAAAUGUUUGCCGGAAACCGACCGAUAAGCAGGAAUCCACCCAGUUCCGGUUUUAUAGGAUUGGCCCUGCUCCUGCCGCACUGCCCGCAGGUGGACUUCGUGGAGUACGUGCCCUCCACGCGGCUCAAUGGCCGCUGCCACUACUACAGCAAAGAGAUGAAUUCCGCCUGCACAUUCGGCUCCUGGCAUCCGCUGGCCGCCGAGAAGCUGAUGGCCCUGGACAUGAACAUGGCGGAGGAUGACGAUAUGUCCGUCUUCCAGUUCGGCAUCCUGCGGAUCCGCAGGCCGGACAAAUUGCUCUGCGGCUUCAACUUCUUUGGCUACUGAGAUGGUGCUCAAUUCAGAGGCGAUUCCAAGGCGGAAGUGCCAGUGACAAUCCAGGUGCAUUUAAUCAAGCGGUUUUCAUCGAGUGCAAUAAACAAUUCAACU